CAGAGCUUUGGGCAGCGCCGCGGCUUCCCUGCCCAUUCGUGACGUCAUCAACCUUCGGCGGCGCAUGAGCAGGAAAGAUGGAAAGUAACGGGCGGCCGUCCCUGGGGCAGAUCAUUCUGUUGGCCUCCAGCUCCGCAGUCACCGCCAUCUUCUACUCGGUUUACCGCCGUAAAUAUCACAGUGUGCAGACGCUCAAGGGAGCUAAGAAAAUCUCUUUAGAUGAUGAUUUACCGAACAUCCUCAUGGAUUUGCCUGGAAAGUGCGUCCCCUAUGCUGUUAUUGAAGGGGUCGUGAGGUCGGUGAAGGAGUCGCUGAGCAGUCAGUUUGUCGAGAACUGCCGAGGCGUCAUCCACAGGCUCUCCUUAAAGGAGCACAAGAUGGUUUGGAACAGGACCACCCACCUCUGGAACGACCAAGAGAAAGUCAUCCACCAGAGAACCAACACCGUGCCCUUCGAUCUGACGCGAGACGACUGUGACGACCUCGGCCCAUCCAUCCGCAUAAUUAAACCCCUAGAUGCGGCUGAGUUGGACCUGGAGACGGUCUACGAGAAGUUCCACCCCACCAUACAGUCCUUCACCAACGUCGUGGGGCACUUCAUUACAGGGGAGAGGCCGAAGGGUAUCCAGGAGACGGAAGAGAUGCUGAAAAUGGGGGCCACAGUAACGGGUGUGGGUGAGCUGGUCCUAGACAACAAAAUCUUGAAACUACAGCCGCCCAAGGCCGGGAUGCUGUACUACCUCAGCAGCCUGGAUUAUGACUCCUUGGUGCAGCGUCAGGAGUCUCAGGUCCGGCUCUGGAAGAUCCUGACGUUGAUUUGCGGGGUGGCCACGUGUGUCACCCUCUUCUUCAUCCUGCGGCGCCAGUACCGGAAACACAAAGAGAAGCAACGUCUGCAGCAGCUGCAGAGGGAGUUCGAAGAGGCCACCGCCAGGAAUGAAGAUGGAGAAGACGAGGAGGCUCGCAACGCCUGCAGCAUCUGCCUCAGUCACCAGAAGUCCUGUGUCUUCCUGGAGUGCGGGCAUGUCUGCUCCUGUUACCAGUGCUACCAGGCCCUUCCCGAGCCCAAAAAAUGCCCCAUAUGCAGGAAUAGUAUUUCCAGAAUGGUGCCCUUGUAUAACAGCUAGGAAAGGUGGGCGACUGCCAAUGUAGCUGUCAUUACAGCUCCCACAGGGGUUAUCAUCCAGCUUUUCCAGACUCCUGAAGGGCAAUUGUGCAUAGUCAGGCAGUGAUAAUUUGGCCGUCCUCAGUGGAAUCCUUAUGGCGGCUGCAGCAGUUGUCACCCAGCUUUCUCAGAAACAGAUAUUACUAAGAAAGGACUGGAUAGAAAUUCGAUAGAUUACUCCAAGGACUGUACUGGGACUCCCAUCUGAUAACUCCUCUGAUGGAGUGAUCCUUUUACACAUCAGUACUAGGUCUGGAGGCCGCUUAUCCGAUGGAUCUUCUGAGCGGUCACCAUCAUAAUAUUUUAAAGGGAUCGUCGUCUUAUCUCCGGAAUUUUGGGUGAAAAUCUCUAUAGAAAAUUCUAUUUUUGUCAAUAAUUAAAAUAUGUUAUUUUUCCUGGUUUGCAAAUUUACCAAAGAUCACGGGUGGUUUGCAGGAAGUGUCACGUUAUGGCAGCACGGGUCUCAAUAAAUGUGCAUUACAUGAGGUGUUGCCUGGUGAUGAAAAAGUAAAGCGCUGACGUCUGUUAAUGAAGUGCGGCAUCAAAAGAAAAUUGCAAGGAAAUGAAUGUAAAUGUGGGCUGUCACGUGGAUGCCGCUACAUCAGCAUUGGCGUUCUUUUCCGUGGUGUGUCACACUGUACAUAAUAAAAUAUUAUCUGAUGUGGGGUACACGUCUUCCUAUAAGCACUUGUGCUCCUGUGCUGACA